AUAUAGUAAGAGAAAAAGGAAAAAAAAAAAAAAAUCAUGACAUUGGUGAAGUUCCAUGAACUUUGGAAGCCAGUUUUGGUGAUGAUUAUAGUUAAUUUAGCUCUGGCUUUUGUGAAUAUAUUUCUGAAGAAGGUUCUUAAUGAAGGACUGGAUUACUUGACCAUCUUAACAUAUAGACAGGCAAUUUCAGCCAUUUUCUUGGCACCUAUUGCUUGCUUCUAUGAAAGGAAAAGGAAGUUGGAGGGUCACAUAAUAUGUCUGCUCUUCCUAAGUGCUCUUGUCGGGGUGACACUCACUCAAUAUCUCUAUCUUAUUGGACUUGAAUAUACAUCUGCUACAUUCUCAUGCGCAUUCCUUAACACGGUACCUGUAUUCACGUUCAUCUUGGCACUGCCACUGGGGAUAGAGAAGGUGAACAUUAAAAGCUUGAGUUCCAAGGCCAAAGUGUUGGGAACUUUUGUGUGUAUUGGAGGAGCUUUGUUGUUGAUCCUUUAUAAAGGAAUGCCCUUAAUCAACAGACAACAAGAGCACAUAGCAGACAAAGGCACAGCAACACCAUCAGCAUCCAAGUUAAAGAAAUGGAUCAUAGGUUCACUGCUUCUAACUGCAGGAUGCCUCUUGUGGUCUUCAUGGUUUCUUAUACAAGCAAGGAUCAGCAAAAAGUAUCCAUGCCAAUACUCUAGCACAGCCAUUUUGUCCUUUUUUGCUGCCAUUCAAUCAGCAAUAUUAACUUUGCUCAUAGACAGAAAUAAUGCCAAAUGGAUUCUCAAAGGGAAGUUAGAGAUAUUGACUGUUGUAUAUUCUGGGCUGGUUGGAUCAGGCCUAUGCUAUGUGGCAAUGUCAUGGUGUGUCAAACAAAGGGGUCCAGUUUUUACUUCAGCAUUUACCCCUCUUCUACAGGUGUUUGUGGCCGUGCUUGAUUUCUCUAUAUUACAUGAGGAGAUUUACCUGGGAAGUGUUGCAGGAUCAGUCUUGGUUAUUUCUGGCACGUAUAUUCUACUUUGGGGUAAAAGUAAAGAGGAAGAAAAAUGUGCUGGGAAGGAUGCUCAAGAAAAUCAUGAAGAUGAAGAAUGCAUGAACAAUUUGGAAGCAAGUCCAAAUGUUCCUUCUAAGCUAAGGCCUAAUGGGGAACAAGGAUUCACUGAGUUACAAGUGAAGCAGUUAGGUAUUACAGUAACUAGAAGUUGAUGAAUUUUGAAUAUUUUCGUGCAUGAGAGAAGAUAAAUAAAUUUAGCUCGAGGACUAAUUUGUCAAUUACUCAUGUCAAGCAGGGCAUGCCUGUUUCCUUAUUUACAAGGUUUUUUAUCUACAUAUAUGUAAUGUACUAGUUGAUUUGCACAUG